AUGACCAGCAAAAAUGAAUGGUAUGGUUCCCUUAAGCCUCUACAUGAACUUAUGAAUGUGAUUGUUGGGAAUGAUGCAAAGUGUCCAGUGGAGGGAACUGGAUCCAUUUCCUUUAAGUCCACAAAUGGUCAAGGUAAAACCCUUUCGGAUGUGUUAUAUGUUCCUCAAAUUGGGAGGAAUUUGUUAUUUGUAGCUGCUAUCACUGAUCGUGACUAUGAAGUACGAUUUUUGAAAACAAAAGCUGAGAUCAUCGAUAGCAAUGGCAGCAUAGUGGGUGAAGUGAUUGAACUAGCAGGCUUUUGGCAUGAAAGGUGUGAAACCAUCUCCUGUGCAGUUUUCGAGGGAGAUGUAGAAAAAGGAAAUGGUGGUUGA